CGCCGCCGCCGACUCGGAGGGCACACUCAGCGCAGCUCACCCACAGCAGCAGCAGCAGUACACAGCAUGGCCUGCAAGCUCAUCGUCUUCGUCGCCGCCCUGGCGGUAGCCCGCGCCGGCUACCUGGGAGCUCCCGCAGUCUACGCCCCAGGCGCACCUCUGGCAGCGCGUGCGUACGCCGCCCCCGCCUACGCCGCUCCUGCCUAUGCCGCCGCCCCCGCCUACGCCGCCUACGCUGCUCCCGCCCUCCGUGCCGCCCCCGCCUACGCCGCCUACGCUGCCCCCGCCCUCCGUGCGGCCCCCGUCGCCGUCGCCGCCCCGGCCCUGAGGGCCGCCCCCGUGGCCGUCGCCGCUGCCGCCCCCGCCGCCGUCGCUGCCGAGUACGAUCCUCACCCCCAGUACAGCUACGGAUACAGCGUGCAGGACGCCCUCACCGGUGACUCCAAGAGCCAGCACGAGUCUCGUGACGGAGACGUCGUCCAGGGCAGCUACAGCGUGGCCGAGCCCGACGGUUCCAUCCGCACCGUCGACUACACCGCCGACCCCGUGAACGGCUUCAACGCCGUCGUGCACAAGGAGGCCGGUGCUCACCCCGUCGCCCCCGCCCCCGUGGCCGUCGCCGCCCCCGCCGUUGCCCGCGUCGCCGCCCCCGUAGCCUACGCCGCCCCCAUCGCUAGGGCUGCCUACGCCGCCCCCAUUGCCAGGGCUGCUUACGCCGCUCCCAUCGCCAGGGCUGCCUACGCCGCCCCCGCUCUGGCCUACGGAGCCGGUCUGGGCUACGGCUACGCCGCCCCCAUCGCUAGGGCCGCCUACGCUGCCCCCGCCCUCGCCUACGGCAAGGCCCUCAUCCACUAAGUCACUUCCUCUCAUCUAACAGACUCCGCUCGUCAUGCUGUCACUGCCGCUCUACAAACACGAUUCAACAUUAUAAAUGCUGCACUCUGUAUAUAAAAUGCAACAAUAAAUCCAUUUCACUACAUAA